AUGACAAAAGCAAAAUCUGGUGGAUCUGCUUUAAAACGACUUAAGUCGACGUUAAAAGAAGCUGAGGUAAUUGGCCCUGGCUCUCGCUCGAAUAUGAGUAAAAAGCAGAGAAGAAAAGGGAAACCCAAAGAUGACAAGAAUGAUGCUAAAAGCAAACUUGGAUUCUUAAAGAAUCAACUCAAUCCCUUCGAAAUAAAGGUUACCAAAACUAAGCAUAACGUUAUAGGUAGAAAAGUGAAAGGUACCCAAGGCGGAUUAAUUGAUAAACGAUUUGGUGAAGAUGAUCCAACUCUAUCAUUGGAGGAAAAAAUGUUGGAAAGAUUCGUAAAAGAAAAAAAACAGAGGCAUUCAAAAUCAACAAUAUUUAAUCUUGAAGAUGAUGAUUUGACGCAUUACGGCCAGUCCCUGUCUUUAAUCGAUGAUUUCGAUGAACCUGAUUUAGCAUUAGACGAUAAAGAGGAUACAGAUCUUGAUUUGGAAGCUUCUGACGAUAAUAACCAAAUUUCGGGUGAUUAUGAUAACGAAGCUCCCAUCCCAAUUGCCGAAGGCGAUCAUGAUGCUAUUGAUUUAUCAUCUAACGUAUUGUCAAUGAAUUCAAAAAAUUUGGAUAUUAAGCAGGGAAUUAGUAAAACUAAAAAUAAAAGUGAAUUAGCAUAUACUUUUCCUUGCCCAACAACCUUGGAAGAAUUCUUAAAAAUAUUACAGGACGUUGAUGAUGAGGAUGUUCAUAUAGUUGUGCAUCGAAUUCGUGUGUUACAUCAUAUAAAGCUCUCAAUCGAAAACAAAGUAAAAUUGGAGAGAUUCUUUCCGGUACUUAUGGAUUAUGUUCUACAUCGCGCGCAAGAAAAUCCUAUUCCUAUACUCCUUAUCAAUAAACUUGUUGGUCAUAUUUUUGACCUCGCACAACAAGUGCCAGAAAGCGCUACAGAUUAUUUUGGGUCCAAUGUUGUUACCAUGGAAAAUAACUUGAAAAAAAGAUUAUCCUCGUCUAACACGUUUAACUCAGUGGAAUCGAUUCCUGGAAUAUUUCCAUUUUCUGGAAAAUUUGUUCCCAUUCUUCAAAUAAAAAAUAUGGCCUGUGUCGAUGAUGCUAGUCCUUUGGAUUUUUCUCAAUUAUUGGGUGUGACGAAAAUAUCUUCAAUACAAGAAACAUUGGAGCGAUUGCAAAAGUUUUCUAAAAAAAACCGUAAACCCCUGGAAUUGCAACAUCACCGUCCUAUUCCACUUCCUACCUACACUCCUAAAUUUCAAGAAAACUUUUCUAUUGAUAAGCACUAUGAUCCAGAUAAAGAACGAGCUACAUUAAAUAAACUCAAGGCACAAUUCAAGAAAGAGCGUAAAGGAGCUAUACGAGAAUUACGGAAAGAUAGUAUAUAUAUUGCACACCAUAAUCUUAAAAAGGUUAAAGAAAAAGAUACAUUAUACAAAAAGAGAAUUAAUAGUAUUAUGGGCAUCCUUGAAACUGAACAAGGAGAGAAGAAGGCCUAUGAAAAAGCCAAGAAGUAUGGUAAAAUAUAA